CCAAGGUCAGCUGCCCCAAUGCUCUCGCUGGUCCCAUCCCUCUCCGUCGGCAUCGCGAGUGCGCCGCUCUUCUUCGCGGACCAGCUAGUCGACCAUUUCUCAGUCUCUGGCGCCACGUACACGCAGCGCUUCUACCGCGACAGCGCCUCCUUCGGAGGGCCUGGCUCGCCCAUUUUUCUGAUCGUCGGUGGCGAAGGCGCCAUCCCGCCGAGCGUUGGCCUCUUCUACCCCUUCGUCGUGGACGUGCUCGCUCCCUCGAUGCGGGCGCUCGUCAUCCAGCCCGAGCACCGCUUCUACGGCGAGUCGCUUCCGCUCGGCCGGCGCUCGGUUGACGCCACCGCGCUGUCGCUCCUGACGCCGCAGCAGGCCCUCGCCGACUGCGUCCGGCUCGUCCGGGCGGAGCAGGCCGCGAGGAACUGCAGCCUCUCUCGCACGAGCCAAAACUACUGCCCUGUGUUCUCGUUUGGCGGCUCCUACCCUGGCUUCCUCUCGGCGAUGCUGCGCCUGAGGUACCCGGCCGUCAUCGACGGCGCCUAUGCCGCCUCCGCGCCGGUGCGAAUCUACGCGCAGCAGGUGCAGCAGUACGCCUACUACCAGGUCGUCACCAGGUCCGCAGAGCGCGCCGUCUCAGGGUGCUCCGCCGGCGUCGCAAAGGCGCUGAAGCUGGUGGCGGCCGCAGACAGCGACACGCUGCUCAAGGAGCUCCGGCUUUGCACGCCGCUGCCCGGGUACAUGUCGCGCGGCGGCGGCACGCUGCGCGAGGAGCUGCUCAUGGUCUUCCGCAUCGCCUUUGCCAACUUGAACAUGGCCAACUAUCCUCCCUCCCCGACCACGGGGCUGGCGGUAGC